AUGUCGAGACCGGAGCAGCGGCCGAUGAGCAUCGACGCCAUGCUCGACAUGGAGCGGCGGGAGGUGCUGGCACUGCUCGAAAGCAAACAGCAGGGCGACCCCGCGCCGGAUCAGCGUCGAUCUUCAUCGCCGUACCUCGGGUCCCCCCGAUCUCCAGCACGGAUCCUGCUGGACAUCGAGGAGGAGGGACCCAGCGAUACGCGCACGACGCCCGCCGAGCAGGCUCCCGUGAGGAGCAUGCUCGACAUCGACAGCCCCGUCACCACCACCCAGCUACCGGUCCGCAGCAUGCUCGACCUCGACGCGCCAUCGCCGCCGCCGUUGGCGACCCAUCGCUCCAGCCCGAUAUCGCCGAGCCUGUCGCCGGACCUUGGCUUGCCCUCGCCGCAGCUGAUGCCGCCUCCGCAUCCGAGGGCCAUGUCCGACGCGUCGAUGAAAGGCUCCGGCCGCCCCCGCAACGACCCGACCGCCGGCUACCAGUUCUCGGGCAUGAUUCCCCGCAACACGGGCAAGUCGAAGAGAGGCACCAAGGGGGCCGGCGGCAUGCUGUCCCCGACGAGCAAGUCGCACGGAAGCAAGAGGCUCUCCGGCGGCGCCUACGGCGAUCCCCUCCGCUCUCCCGAGCUCGGCAACCUUCCGCUGAUGCAAGACUCGUCCAACGGCGGUCGGCUCGCCGGCAGCUCGUCCAAGUCGCCCCACGGCCGGUGGGAGACGAGGUCGCGCUCGCCCGCUCCCUUCCCCACCUUGCUGCCGGCCAACAAGGCGAUGCUCAACGACGGUCAGGUCGUCGACAUCAGCAGCGCCUACCGCCGCCUGUCGGAUGCGAACUUGGCCUUCAGCGGCGGAAGCCUGUCUCAGCUCCCCAUGCGCAAGCGAUCCGUCGAGAUGGGCGAGGGGAGGUUGGUUAAGGACUACCUCGGCCCCGACGGCGAGCAUCUCGAAUCGAGCGACGAGGACGAGUCCUACACGUCCGACGACGAGGACCGCGGCCGGAAGACGGCUCCGCGCUCCUUGAACCCGGCCGCCAGCGGCGACGACGACGGCCUGCAAUCUCACUCUUCGUCGUGCCCGGCCGAACGGACGACGUCGAGCCUGCUGGCGGCAGCCGAACACGAGCGCUCGGAGGUGGCAUCGAAGCAGCCGGCCUAUCAGUACAAGUCACUCAUUCCCGAACCGGAGAUUCAGAUUACGAAUUCGUCGGGAGACACGGUCCGGCCGUCAAAGGGCGGAGGCAUUCAUCCCAACACGAGCUACGACCAAGGUCCCGCCUCGGGCGCGCCGUCGGUCAUCGACUCGGACGAGGAGGCCGACGUCGACGACAUCAAGAGGGCCCAGAAGCUUUCCUUCUCCAUGACGAACAUCCUGACGAAUCCCGAAGGUCACCGCUCCAUUCGAAUCAUCUACCGCGGCGAGUACAGUAAGAUUGUGCAGCAGGCCGAGGAGGAGCACAACCGGCUGCGCAAGUACCUCGUGGCGACGGACCUGAGCGACGAAUCGACGCACGCGCUCGAGUGGGCCAUCGGCACCGUCCUGCGCGACGGCGACACGUUGAUCGCCAUCUACUGCGUCGACGAGGAGACGGGCAUCGUCACGAGCGACGCGUCGCUCGUGCCCGACGAGCACAAGGCCAUGAAGGAGCAGGCCGUGGCCAUCAACACGGUGACCAACUCGAAGCUCGCGCCGGCCCAGCUGAGCCCCGUCCUGGAGCUGAAACGGGCGACGCCGCUCGAGGCCGAGAGGACGCCCGGCUCGUCGCCGGCGCCCUCGCCGAUGGGCGACGUGAACAAGGCGGACGAGGAGCGGUCCCGGGCCGUCCAGGACAUGACGGACAAGGUGGUCCGGCUGCUGAGGAAGACGCGGCUGCAGGUGCGCGUCAUCGUCGAGGUGCUUCACUGCAAGAAUCCGCGGCACUUGAUCACCGAGGUCAUCGACCUCGUGAAUCCCACCCUCGUCGUGAUUGGGAGCCGCGGCAGAAGCGCGUUGAAGGGCGUCAUCCUGGGCUCCUUUUCCAACUACCUCGUCACCAAGAGCUCGGUCCCCGUCAUGGUGGCGAGGAAACGGCUCCGGAAGCAGAGCAAGUACAAGCAAAAGGUGGUGCGGCAGAUCAACAACCUCAACAGCCCCGCAGCCCGGAGUCUGGCCAACGCCAAGAUUGACUAG